AGCGGUGUGCUGACGAUUCCAGCUGAGUUUGUAUACAAAAUCAAGUACGGAACAAAUUUGGUGUAUUUUAUAACUAAUGAAAUUAUUUGGUAAAAGACAUACUCAUAUUUUCCGCACGAUUUAUUUAUAGGUUCCUUCCUUCCACCUCUUAUCUAAUUUAGCAGGAAGCUGCUCAGCACCACUCAUCGCCGCCCGCCGCCACAACCUUCCGGCACUAAAAAAAAGCAGUCCGAUCAAGCAAGCUGCUCGCUUCACCGCAGAAGAGUCAGCUCAGUCCUUUUUCCAUUCAUUACAUUAAAUAGCUCCCCUUCCCUGCCAUGAAAACCACAUUAGUUGCGCACGGUUGUGGCCGUUGAAAACUACCCUUUUUCGCCAUUAAUGCCUUCACUCCCUCCGCUUUUUUCCAUCCACCAAAAUAGCCUCUCUCUCCGCUCGACUCGCAAAAUCGUGCAUUAAGAUGAAGAACCAAAGCUCGUGAUCAUCAUCGAGCGGACAGCUGAAACAAACAAUCCACCACAACACAAACCGCACUCAUCCAUAUAUUUAUGUUGCCGCCUCAUUUCAGUUGAUGAUUGAGAUUCCAAUUCAUGGCACCACAUCUCAAGCUUCCGCUAUUACUGCUACCACUAGCCCUGCUGCUCAGCUCGGCGGCGGCUCAGUCCCCUCCACGGCUGACCUCCCCCACCGAGCGCCGGGCAUUGCUCGAUCUCCGCUCCUCGCUCGGAAUCUCAGCUAAGAACUGGCAUAAGAAGACCAAUCCCUGUCUGAAUUGGACGGGAAUUGAGUGCCGAAACGGUCGCGUAACCGCGAUUAAACUAUCCGGUUUGAGGAGAAGUAACCAAGGGAAAAAAAAUCCACGGUUUGCUGUUGAUUCGUUACAGAAUUUUCCUUUCCUAUCAACGUUGAAUUCGUCUGGAUUUUUGCUGCCGGGGCAGAUUCCGGACUGGUUAGGCACAAAGCUGAGCAAUCUCGAAUCUCUUGAUCUUAGCUCGAGUUCGAUUACUGGCCCAAUUCCAUUAUCUCUUGGGAGUUUGAGCAGUCUUACGUGGUUGAAUUUGUCGAACAAUUCGAUCACCGGCAACAUGCCAAUUGCAUUGCAGAAGCUGCAGUCGUUGUCAGUUCUCGAUCUUUCUCAGAAUUCACUGACAGGGCAAAUUCCCGAAGAGAUUUCUUCUCUUCGGAAUCUCACCAAUCUCGACCUGUCGUCGAACUAUUUAUCCGGCGCGAUCCCGCUUGAUUUCGUUUUGCUUUCUAAGCUCAAGCAGCUGAAUUUGAGCAGAAACAGUUUGAGUUCAUCGAUUCCCUCUCAGAUUGCGAAUCUCUCAGAGAUGGAACAGCUUGAUCUCGGAUUCAAUUACUUGAGCGGGGCGCUACCUCAGGAGCUGGGAGGGUUGAGGAGCUUGAAGUAUCUAGAUGUUUCUAGAAACAAUCUCACCGGCCUCUUCCCGGGCAACGCUGCUUCCUUCAAUGUCACUGCUGCAGUCUUCUUCAACUUCUCUGACAAUCGCUUCUAUGGAAAUGUGAGCUCCAGGUUUGGAAAUGCUCUUGUAGUCGAUCUGUCCAGCAACUAUUUCAGAGGGCAAGCGCCUACUGAGAGCCGCUUUCGCCUCUCAAAUAAUUGCUUUUCGAGUAUACAGAAGCAGAGGAAAUUGGAGAACUGUACCGAGUUUUACAAGGGUGUAGGUAUACCCUAUGACAAUGAUGAUGGUGAUAGUGAUGGCCAACAACCAAUGCCACCAACAUUAAUGGAGCCAAGGAGGAAGAGCAGAAGCAGGCUGUUUUAUGUUAUGAUUGGAGUUUUUGGUGGGAUUGGUUUAAUCUUCAUAUUUGUUGUAGCGGCAUUGCUGGUGCUUCUGAGAUCACGCAGAGCUCGGAGUAGUAAUCAGCAAGCGCAGAGUAGAGACGUUGAGCAGCCUCCCAAGUUCGUUACAGACUUGUCUAGCUUGGGGGAGUCGUUCACAUUCGAGCAGCUGCUCGUGGCAACGAGCAAUUUCAGUAACGAGAACUUGAUAAAGCAGGGGCAUUCGGGAUGCCUGUUCCGUGCAAGGCUGGAGGGCGGGGAGCUUGCAGUCGUGAAGAAAGUGGAUCUGCAGUCCAUCAGAAGGGAGCUGUUCGUGGCGGAGCUGGAGCUUUUUGGGAAGGCGGCGCACCAAAGGCUGGUGCCUCUUGUAGGGCACUGCUUGGACGAUGAGAAUGUGAAGUUUUUUGUCUACAAAUACAUGCCGAAUGGGGAUUUGUCGAAUGCUUUGUAUAGGCUGACGAGUUCAGAGGAAGGGCUGCAGUCCUUGGAUUGGAUCACGAGGCUGAAGAUCGCGAUAGGAGCUGCAGAGGCAUUAUCGUACUUGCACAAUGAGUGCACUCCUCCUCUUGUUCAUAGAGAUGUUCAAGCUAGUAGCAUCCUUCUCGAUGACAAGUAUGAGGUUCGGCUUGGGAGUUUCAGUGAAGCUUGUGUUUCAGGAGCCAAUAAUCAUCAGAAUGUGGUGUCGAGGCUGACUUCUGGUAGAUGCGGAUCGUCGUCUACUACGUGUGCCUACGAUGUGUACUGUUUGGGGAAAGUGUUGCUUGAGCUGGUGACUGGGAAGCUUGGGAUCAGCACAAUGAGUGAUGCUGAUGCACAGCAAUGGCUGGACAGCAACUUACCAUUCAUCAGCAUCUACGACAAGGAAAUGGUGCAUAAGAUUGUGGACCAAUCUCUUAUAGUAGAUGAGGAUCUUCUGGAGGAGGUAUGGGCCGUUGCGGUGGUGGCUAAGUCGUGCCUGAAUCCCAAGGCCUCGCGACGCCCUUCAAUGAGGCAUGUAGUGAAAGCGCUGGAGAAUCCGUUCAAGGUGGUGAGGGACGAGAAUUUCAGCUCCGGGAGGCUGAGAAGAGGUUCGUCUAGGCAGUCGUGGACAGCUGCUUUGUUCGGUAGCUGGCAUCAUAGCUCCUCGGACAGCUCCAACAUGUCGAGCCAAACGAACAAGGAGAUCAUCGGGGGCCUGAGGCAGACCGAGAGAGCAGGGUCUCGUGGUAGUGGAACGAACGACCACUCGUCUUCGCAUAAAAGAUCGUCGAGCGAUGUCUUCCCACAACCACUAGAGAUGCAAGAUGUAGAGAGUGGCAACUGAGGGUGUGUCAUGUUUGUAUUACUAAUAGUUAUUUAAUGAGUGUGUGAGAGAGAGAUUUGUUACUCUAGGAUAGGAGCUGUUAUAGUUUUGCUCUAUUUGUACAGGAGCCUGCAUAAGUCGAUUUAUUAGUCUCAGAAAAGUUUUGAUCUGAGAACUUUUCAAGUAGCCUGCAUCCAUCCCUGAGUCUUACAAAUCACUACCCUCUUUUGUUUCUUUUAAAAGGGUGGAUGAUUGAGACUCGGAUGCUCAUCCAGUAAAUACCAUAAAUUAUAAACAGAUUAUUGCCCUUUAAUUUUUA